GUAGCAGCCGUGGUCGCCCUUGUUUUGGAGCUUAGCCUUACGGUUUCCGGUAAAAGUCCAUUUCUGGAACGCAUUGUGAAUGGAGUACCUGCAGAGCCAAAACAAUUGCCGUACCAGGUAGUCUUUGAUGUACUUCACAAAACCAGAGGAUGGGAACCAAGUUGUGGUGGCGUUAUAAUAUCUAGGCGCAUAAUAUUGACAGCCGCCCACUGUGUACCUCCCGAAGUUACCCAUCUAGGAAUCCUUUUAGGUGCUGUUAAUAAAGGGAUUCUGACUGAAAAAGGACAACAGGCAAUAAUUUUAAGUCGAGAUCGAGUUAUAGUUCAUAGGGACUAUAUUGAGUUUGACUCCGAAUCAUGGAUUGUUAUCAAUGAUAUUGCACUGAUCAAGCUUCCAAUGGAUUUGCAAUUCGACGAGCAUAUACAACCUGCGGCCUUGCCAUCAAGAAAACAGGAUUAUGCUAAUAAGCCUGCUGUUACCAGUGGUUGGGGUCUUGUUAAAUUUGAUACGACUAAUCCAAACACUACUGAAAUUCUCCAGCUAACUAAUGUUACCAUUAUGUCAAAUGAGGAUUGCAAAGAAUUCUUCCAUAAGUAUAUUCCACGCAAAAUUUUUACAUCCUCCUUUGUUUGUAUAGCUCCUGGAAAUUCCACACCGUGCAAUGGCGACUCUGGCGGUCCAUUGGUAUUGCAAGACGGUAAAAAUACUUUAAUUGGACUAACAUCACAUGGUUUUGGGGGUUGCCCAUUGAAUGCUCCUGUUAUUUUCACAAGAGUUUCAUCUUAUUUGGAUUGGAUAAAGGAGAACUCUCACCUAAAAUAUUUCAAUUAAAUUAAAUCAGUUAUACUAUCGAGCAUGGACGGAAAGGAAUU